CCGAACUUUAGAGAUUAACCUACCCGGCACUCUCCUUCAAUGUCUCGUCACAUGCGCCUGUAGGUAGUAUAGAAACCAUUGUGACCUACUCCAGGUUUUUCUGUGAACUUGGCCAACAGCCAUCACUUGGCAAACAACCUCUUCCACUCGUUGGCUCCUUGGCCAAACUCCCAAUUCGUCCCAAUUCGUGGAACCUCGGCAUCGCCAACUCACCCACCACCAACGGCGGCAACGACCGACCAGCGGUUUUCCCUGGUUAGAGGUUAGGUCUCACCCCAGACAUCACCAUGGUCUCCCUUCCUCUCUUUAAGCUUGCCGCCCUCUUUGUGCGGCAUAUCUCCAAGUAUGGCGCCAACCACAUCAAGCACCAAGCCCAUGAACACCCCAAAUUCCGCGCCUUCGCCGCCAAGUAUGGCCAGAUGAUGCACCAGCUCAACAUGCGCCUGUCCGUCCUCGCCCUUCGAAACUCCGACGCCGAGCUGCGCGCAAAGGAAGCCAAAGAGAAAGCCGAGGCGCCCACCGUCAAGACUGAAGAGCAAGUGCGCAAAGAGUUGGAACUCAAAGCCAAGUACGGCGUCAUCCCAAAGGAGUCGCAUGCCGUCAGGGAGCCGCCCAAGAGCAUAUGGAAGCGCAAGUUCAGGCCCUUGCCCGAGCCCAAGGCCGUCGACCUGUUUGCCGAUGUCAUUGGGGACGCCUUUAUCUUGACCAUUGCCAGCGCCCUGCUGCUCUACGAGUACUAUCGGUCCUCGUCAAAGCCCGAUCCGAACGUGCAGAGGAUAAAGGAUUUGGAGAAGCAGUUGGAGGAGGGAAAGAAGAGGGAAGACGAGUUCUUCAAGAGGGACGAGGAGAGGCAAGCGAGGUUGCAGGCUAUUGAGGAUGCGCUGAGGGCAUACAAGGACCCAAGGACCAAGAAGCCCAUCUAUCCGCCGUCAGUGGCAGGCUCUGCAGAUGAGUCGGACGAGGGCUUUGUUCUUACGAGGGUAUUCUCGGGACUGACCGGGAAGUUGGGCUUCUAAGUACGACUUGUGACCCUCGAUGGUGAGGGACGGGCUAUAAAGAAAGACGUACCCGGAUCCUCUUGCGCUCCAGGCAACACGGCCGAUCCAAGGGCGGAGCGACAACCAAAGGGCCUUGGAAACAUCCAGCAGUUUCUCAUCACAACUGACACGGCAGGCACGGCG